GAAACAUGGGACUUGACAGCGCGUUCAUGCACGAGCAUACAGAGGAUAUCAAGAUUAGAUCAGAUCAGACAGAUUUGUCAAGUUUCAUAACUGGUGUUUCAGGAAGAUUUUCACUAAAACGUUAAUAGUGCUUGUUGCUGGUUGUGGGUUGCUGUUGUUGUUGUUGUUUUUUCUUCGAGUUCGUGGGUGUAAACUUUUGUCAGGGCAAUCAGCCCCUGCUUUAUCGUCCUGCCGCAAUCCGGCGGGUGUUAAGAUCCAUGGAAGUGGUCGGUAUUUACGAAAGGGACUGCCUUGCAUUCCACAGCGGCCACAGUCUUGGUCCCGUGUACAAAACCUCCACUGACGGCUCGAUGACGAAACUCGGCAUCUCCGAGCACGAGAAGGCGAUCGACUUUAGCAUCUACUUGGACUCCGUUCCCCACUACCCUCAGCCGGCAGUCCACGGCGAGGAGAUCUACAACGCGGACUUCUCUAUCAGCGAGGACGCCAAGAGCAAGCGAGCCGCCUCGGAGGCGCCCAGUUACAAGAGCUACGCGCCGCUGACCGAGCGCGACGCCAACCGGAGCCAGCUCGGCUACCCAGAGCUCCAGGAGACGCGCCUUGACACCGUUUUCAGCCCGGACUUCCUGGGCGGUUACAGCAAAAGUCAGUGGAGAGGCGACGUGAACGAAGACCCGCGGAUGGACGGAUCGGGGGGCUUCGACAUGCGCUCCUACCUGCAGUACCAGUCGGCGCCAAGCGGAAGCCUAGGGAACAUCUCCAACGCUUCCUCGUCGUGCUCGAGCCCGCCUGGCACGCCCGCUCCGUCCAGCAAUGAUAGAUCGCCUCAACCGGGCGGUAAAAUCCCGUCUACAGGUAAAGGCAAGAAGCGACUGGACAAGGACAGCGAUGAGUACCGGCAGCGGCGUGAGCGCAACAACCUGGCCGUGCGCAAGAGCAGAGACAAAGCGAAAAUGCGCAAUCUGGAGACGCAGCACAAAGUGCUGGAGCUGGCGGCUGAAAACGAGCGGCUGCAGAAACGUGUAGAGCAGCUUUCCCGAGAGCUGGCCACCCUGCGCAACCUGCUCUCCGCCACCGGCCAGUGCUAACGCAUACUUCAACAACCUUUCUACACAAGACUGUAAAACAUUGCUUCCAAAGAGUAUGCAUUAUUAUUUUUUAUUUUGUUUUUAUUUUAAUUUUUUUAAACAAAUAAGUCAGUUUUGCGUGAAAAUGACAAACCGUGCUUAUUAAAAAAUGUUUACAAGAGCGAAAGAGCAUGAAAAGGGGACUGGCGCCUGGAUUGCGCAACACUUUCUCCCAUGCUCGAUGACUUUGUCACUCUGGUGGUGUUGUGGAAGCCCGCUCGUGUACUUUGAUCUGUACAGUAUUUUUGUACGGGUGAAAUGUCUACUGUUUUUAAUAAUACUCUGUUAUUUAAAUACCUUUUCCCCCCAUAAUCUGGGGCAGUGGCUGUCGAGGGAAGAGUUGUACUGCAGAGGUAUGAUGCAACGCAUUGUAACAGUAUUGGCCAUGCAAGUAGUCUGCUAAAACAGAAUAACGGUAGAUAUCAUGUAUUGGUUAUAUAAUAUUUUAUUGAAUUAAAUGAUUUUUAUGUCUUUUUGA